AUGGACUCGCAGAUUCGAACAAGUCCCAUUCUCCUCGCCCCAGGCCCGACUGAAGUCGACCCAGAGGUCCUCAGGGCCAUGUCAUCGUUUGCAGAAUCACAUUUUGCCCAACCAUUCUGCAACACUUUCGGCGAUGUGCUGACCAUGCUCCGCAGACUCUUCCAGAGUCAAGACCCCAAUGCCCAGCCCUUUGUCAUUGGAGGCAGCGGAACCCUGGGUUGGGACUUUGUGGCAACCAACUUCAUCGAACCCGGAGAGCCAGUCCUCUGUCUCUGUACGGGAUACUUCUCCGAUGCGUUCGAGAUGUGUCUGGCCACCUACGGAGCCCGCACGAAGAGGAUCACGGUCCCUAUCGGAGCUGCUCCCGACAUACAUGAAGUCGAGAAAGAAUUGAAAAGGCUUCGAUACAAAGCCUUGGUGGUGACCCACGUCGAUACCUCGACGGCUGUGUUGACACCUUUGAAGCCGCUAUCGGCGCUGCUGAAACGAGUGUCGCCCGAAACACUCUUGGUCGUUGAUGGAGUCGCCAGUGUUGCGUGCGAGGAGAUCCAGUUUGACGCCUGGGAUAUCGACAUCGUUGUUACCGGGUCCCAGAAAGCUAUCGGCUGUCCUCCAGGACUCAGCAUUAUCAUGGUCUCUUCUCGCGCUUUGGAGACUGCCAAGGCAAGGAAGGCACCAGCAAACACCUGGUAUGCCAGCCUGGCACGCUGGCUACCGAUCAUGCAGAACUACGAGAAAAAGCAGUCGAGCUAUUUUGCAACCCCCCCUACUCAAAUUGUCCAUGCUCUUCAUGCCUCCCUGACGUCCAUUUUGUCACGCCCACUAGAAGAGCGAUUUGAACAACACCGGCGGAAAAGCGCCCAAGUGAAAGCUGUGGUGAAGGCAUUGGGCUUGACGCAGUUGACAACAGAGUCAGAGUACCAAGCCAAUGGUUUGACGGCAUUCUGGCUUCCUGAUGGUCUGUCGUCGAAGGAACUCUUGUCACGCGUUACUGAGAAGGGCUUCACGAUCGUCGGCGGUAUGCAUAAGGAGGUUGGUCAUCAAUAUGUAAGAGUCGGGCAUAUGGGAUACAGCGUCGUGGGCGAGCCUGAGAGACAUAUUGACUGUGGUUUAAAGGCCCUGAAAGAAGCAGUCGCGGAGUAUUACGCCACUAGGAGUGGCCAUGUCCUUCCUGGAGAAGACCGCGAGCCCGGAGGGUACAACUUAAGCUCAGGAGACAAAGCCUUCGAGGCCAGUGAGUCUCCCAAGCCAGAGACAGGAUGGAUAAAUGUGCAAGCAGUUUUCAUCUCUCCCAAUGAGCGAGAUGGGAUCAAAGAUGAUACUCUCUUCACCGAUCGACAGAAGUAUAUUUUGGGCCACUUUGAACUGUUUGGGUUCGUUGGUCUCGCACAUUGCAUCUACACAAUCUGGCUGAAAGAAGAAAGCAAUGCCAAUGUGGGUAACAAGCGCAAGAGGCGUUCGACCAGCGACGCCGAUGAUGAUGGCGACGAUGACGAGAUCGACGGCGGCCACCAGAGCUUGAAGAAGAUCACUCGUGGUUACGAGACCGGCUCGUUCUCCAGGAUGUUGUUUUACCUUGCAUCACUUUCUCCGAGCGCUACCACAGCUUUCAUCCGAGGGGAUAUCCCACACAAGCUGCGAGACCCGGAAUUUCAGGCUGCGAAAGGCUCGCACCUCCGAUGCAGAUAUACGCAGGGUGGCUAUGCCGUGUUUGUGGCUAUCGACUCUCCGGCAGACUCGUCUCAGAUGCCAUCACAAAUUGCGCCUUAUGUCGGUCGCGGUUUGUCCUUGAACCAACUCAGGAAGGUCCUUGACAGCAUGCGACUCUACGUGUCUACGGAUCAGCUGGGGUCAUACACCACCGAGGCGAGAGAAGGUAUGGUGGUGACCACCUCCAUAAAGACCUUAGAAGGCACGACCAGUAACGCGUGCAUCGACGGUCUCCGGCGAAAUGCGUUAAGUAUCUUGAACUCUGGGUUUGUUGAUGACAACCUUCGUGAUGCGAAAAGAAAGAUUGAACGGGUCAAGAAGCUGCUCUCCUUUUUCGAGUCUCGAGAUCAAGAAUUUGAAGAGUUUGAGGCCCAGGCUACUCAGAAUGUUGCCGAUUUCGAAGCCCUUCUCGCGCCAUGCGAGGAAAGUCUUGCAGAGAUCGAGGCAGAAGAAGAAGAACGAGCAAAGCCGGAGGACGAGUAUCUCAAGGCUCAGACAGAGAUGCAAGAGAUCACAGAUGCGCUGGACGUUCUUUCGUCGUGA